AUGGUGGAAAGACAUAAUGUUAUGGAGAAAGUCCCAGAGAACAAUUUCAAAGUGUCAUCAUGGGGCUACCGCCACCAGCAGUGUUUCAUACUAUUCUGCACUCUAACCAUAGCUUACAGCAUGAGAUCUUGUAUGGGGGUGUCUCUGGUAGCCAUGACGAAAUACGGUGAACCUGAGACUAAUUUAACAGCCUUGAACUCUACGGAACAAGAUAAUCAGUUCAAACCUGAAGGAAUAUUGAAUGCAUUGAUGCUGAUACCACCAUAUCCAACAUUCAACUGGAACAAGAAGACGCAAGACGCGGUGAUAGCCUCGUUUUUCUGGGGUUACAUGCUGCUGCAGAUCCCUGGAGGUCAACUGGCUCAUAGGUUUGGAGCGAGGUACCUCCUGACUGGGGCCAUGACCAUCAACUGCGUGGUCUCCAUAUUGCUGCCGUUGGCUGCUUAUUAUGGUGGAUGGAUAUGCACGGCAAUGUGCCGAGUAUUGCAAGGUCUUAGUCAGGCUUGCAUAGUUCCUGGACUGCAUACUUCUCUUGGCAAAUGGGCACCUAUGCAGGAAAGGGGACGAAUGGCUGCUUUUGUUUAUGGAGGGCAAGCUCUCGGAACAGUUUUCGGUCUACCAAUGACGGGCUUCAUAUCCUCUUCAUCAUUAGGCUGGCCUGGUAUAUUCAGAUUCUAUGGGAUACUAUCAGGAAUUAUAGCGGUCAUUCUAUUCUGGCUAGCGGCUGAUACCCCAGCUAAGCACCCAAAAAUAUCUGAGGGUGAGAGGAAAUAUGUGGAAGAUGAACUUGGGACUGGCGACGAGGCAAAGAAAAUGCCAGUACCGUGGUCAAAAAUCUUCCGUCACAAAGGAGUUUACGCUAUCAUAAUAGCUCACUUUGGACAAACAUGGGGCCAGCUCACACUGUACUCCGAAGUUCCUGCCUAUCUAGAUAAAAUUAUGGGAGUCAAUAUAAAAGCGAACGGUCUUCUGACUGCCUUGCCGUUCCUGGUGAUGUGGUUCACUAACUUUUUCUUCAGUUGGAUGACAGAUAUGCUGAUUGUGAAGAAUAUUCUCAGUCCUACAAAUACUAGAAAAUUCGCAAACUCUUUAGGUAAUAUACCAGCCGCCAUUGGACUAAUAGCUUUAGCUUUUGCACCCAAAAAUAUUUACAUAGUGGAAUCUAUAUUGAUAUUCACGUGCGCAUUCAAAAUAUCAGCACAUCUCGGAUUUCAGAUUAACCACAUCGAUAUUUCACCGAACUUCGCAGGUACAAUGAUCAGUAUCAGCAAUUUUAUGUCCAACAUCGGAUCAUCGAUUGCCCCUCUGAUUAUUGGCUGUAUACUUACUGACGUGAAUGACGUACACCUAUGGAGGCAGGUGUUCUUCAUGGCAGCUGGUCUGUACUUCGUUACUAACCUGAUCUACGUGAUCUUCGGAACUGCUGAGAAGGCAGAAUGGAACGAUCCACCUCCCGAGGAUAAUGUGGAUGAAGAGGGGCAACCGAUGAUGGAGAAAUCUAAAUUAUAAGCUGUUAUUUUAUUUUAGUAGAUA